GUAAAGCGAGAGGGAGAGAGCCGGGUGUCAAUGUUAAGGUGACACAUUAGAGGCGGCGGGGGCGGCGCCACGUAACCUGCGCAUUGUCCUGGGCGUAAGUGCGGUUGGUGCAUUGUGCGGAGAGCGCGGCGCGGGCGGCAGAGGCGCCGCCGAGGGGAGAAGCCCCGCCGCCGCCAUGGAAGGCAAGCCAAGCGACCAGCUGCUGUGCGACAGCCUCAUUCUCUGGUUGCAGACAUUUAACACUGCUGAAUCCUGCAGGGAAGUUCAGGACUUAACUAAUGGUGUUGCCAUGGCACAAGUACUUCAUGAAAUUGAUGCUGCCUGGUUUGACAACGCUUGGCUAAGCCGCAUUAAAGAAGAUGUUGGUGACAACUGGAGAAUAAAGGCUAGUAAUUUGAAGAAAGUUCUUCAAGGAAUUACUGAUUAUUAUCAUGAGUUUUUAGGUCAGCAGAUUUCAGAAGAUCUCCUUCCUGAUUUGAACCGAAUAUCUGAACAUUCUGACCCAGUAGAGUUGGGCAGGUUAUUGCAGCUCAUUUUAGGCUGUGCAGUCAACUGUGAAAAGAAGCAAGAACAUAUACAAGUUAUAAUGACACUGGAGGAGUCUGUGCAGCAUGUUGUAAUGGCUGCUAUUCAAGAGUUAAUGAGCAAAGAAAUAGUGGGCCUUGUUGCAAGUGACUUUCCUGGUGAUCUGGAGCAACAGCUGAAAAGAGCGCUAGAAGAGCUUGCUGAUGUACUAGCGGAAAAAGAAGAACUGAAACAGAGGUGUCAAGAAUUAGACCUACAGGUUGCUGCUCUGCAAGAGGAAAAGAGCAGUUUGAUGUCUGAAAAUGAGAUCAUGAAUGAUAGAUUGGAUCAACUUGAUGGUUCUCUUGAUGAUACAAAUACUGCAGUCGCCAAAAAAUAUUUCCAUGUACAGUUGCAACUAGAACAGCUACAAGAAGAAAAUUUUAGGCUUGAAGCUGCAAAAGAUGAUUAUCGUGUUCAUUGUGAAGAGCUUGAGAAACAGUUGAUUGAGCUUCAGCAUCGAAAUGAUGAACUAACAUCUCUAGCAGAAGAAUCUAGAGCCCUGAAGGAUGAAAUUGAUGUUCUUAGGACAGUUGCUGACAAAGCAAAUAAGCUGGAAUCGACUGUUGAGGUGUAUCGUAAAAAACUGGAAGACCUGAAUGACUUUCGCAGGCAGGUGAAAUCUCUUCAGGAAACAAAUAUGAUGUAUAUGCAUAAUACAGUGAGCCUAGAAGAAGAACUGAAAAAAGCAAAUGCAGCCCGUGCACAGUUAGAAACUUACAAAAGGCAGGUUCAAGAUCUUCAUAACAAACUCUCAGAAGAAUCCAAAAGGGCAGAUAUACUGGCAUUUGAAAUAAAGCGACUAGAAGAGAAGCAUGAAGCAUUAAUCAAAGAGAAAGAGCGAUUGAUAGUUCAGCGGGAUGCCCUGAAAGAGACAAAUGAAGAGCUUAGGUGCUCACAAAUGCAACAGGAUCACCUGAACCAAACAGAUGUCUCUGCUGUAAGAAGUCAUGAAAAUCUUGCUGCUGAAAUCGUUCCAGUAGAAUACAGGGAAAUGUUCAUUCGGCUACAGCAUGAAAACAAGAUGCUCCACUUACAACAAGAAGGGUCUGAAAAUGAAAGAAUUGUAGAGCUCCAAGAGCAGCUGGAACAGAAGCAUCGGUCAAUAAAUGAACUAGAAACAGAAAAUAGAUUGAGCAAGGAGCGUGUUGGAGAGCUACAGCAGCAAAUUGAGGAUCUCCAGAAGACUUUGCAGGAGCAAGCAUCCAGGACAGAAGGAGAAGGGUCCAGCAAGUUGAAAGAGAAGAUAGCAGCGCAUAUGGAGAAGUUGAGUGAAGUCCACGAUGAGCUGCAGAAGAAAGAGGCUCUUCUUGCAGAUCUCCAGCCAGACAUGAAUCAAAAUGUAGCACAAAAAAUUGAAGAACUGGAAGCAGCUUUACAUAAGAAAGAUGAAGAUAUGAAAUCAAUGGAAGAAAGGUAUAAGAUGUACUUGGAAAAAGCAAGAAGUGUGAUAAAAACUUUAGAUCCCAAAUUAAAUCCAGCAUCUGCUGAAAUCAUGUUGCUAAGAAAACAGUUGUUGGAGAAGGAUAAAAGAAUUGAAGCACUUGAGGGAGAAUGUAAAUUGGCCAAGCUGAAUGAUCAUGAAGAAAAAUUAAUUGUGUCUGCGUGGUAUAACAAGAGCUUAGCAUUUCAUAAACUGGGAUUGGAAUCCAGACUGAUAAGUGGGAACACGGCAUACAAAGACAAUAGUUCCUGCCUACCGGCCCGCUCUUUCCUUGCUCAGCAGCGGCACAUCACCAACACUCGAAGGACCCUCUCCGUAAAAGUACCUCCUGCAACAUCAGAUUAAACCAGGGAGGAUAUUUGUGCACUUAAGUGUCCUUAACGUAUUUUGUAACAUUUGUUUUGAAGUAAUCAACAAGGAAUAGGAUGCUGUGCAUCUGCUAUUUUGCAGGGGAGACCUGACUGAUGACAAAUGUAAUUUAACCAACUGAUUACAGUUAGAGCCCCACAACCUCUGUGGUUUCACUUUUCUGCACCUGGAAGGAAAUUGUCUCUUUGGGAAUUUGCUAGGUCUUCUAGCAUGAUUCUGUGGUAUGUUUUCCCCAGAAGUUUCCAUAGAGUCAUGAUAGCGGACCUAGAAUAUUCCUAAAGUGGAUACCUCUCUAGGAAUCUCUAGUUCUUGCAGUACAACUCUGUGGUAUGCUGGUGUCCAAAGUCAAGUGAUUUAAUCAUAUUUUGUCGUACCUGUUGAUCAGGUAACUGUGGUCUGAUCAGGAAUUGAUAAGGGGGGUUUUACCAUAUAAGAAGAAAUGCAGGUCUAAUAUUUUUUUCUAAAUUUAAAAAGAUUUGAAUUUUCUAGAUUUAAAAAGAUUGGAGUUCUAAAGAGUUUGUAUUUGUCUUCAUGGCAACAUGUUAAAAUUCUGUUUAAUCUUUUCAAUUAAUUAUAAUUACUAAUUUUAAUGGAGGUAGUUUAUUUUAAACGUAGUCUCAGCAAAGAAAGGUAUUUUCCCACAGUUUUCUUCUACUAUUUUUUGUUUAAAAAACACAAAGAAUGACCAAAAGUUUAAAUACAUAAUUGUCUUUCAGUAUUCAUGCUGCAGGAUUUUGUUUAGUGUUUUGUUAAUUUUUAAAUUGAAAAAAUAUAAGCAAAUAUAAUUAGACUUAUGUCGUGAAAAUGUAGUAUAUCCAAGCCCUGUUGAGCCCUUGUUCAAUAGAAGUAAUGAUUGUUUUAUGUAGAUACAGCAAAGAUGUUUCCCUUUUUUAAAGAGGUGAGAUUAGCACAGGCCUAAUGUCUGUAUUUGAAAUGAAUUAACAGUGUCCUUAAAAAUAAUUAUGUGGUUUUAAAUUACAAGAUUUUGAAAAGUUUUAAGGUUAACCUUAAAUUGGUUUUUUUUAUAUGACUUCAGGCCUGGGCCACAGGGUGUCUGGGCUGAAUGGCAUUGUGAGCUUAUGAGUCUCUUUGCCAUACUACAAGCUGAAUAUGCAGGGUUAUAAUAUAUUGAGAAGUUUCAUGGUUGAGCAAAAUAUCUGAGCACAUGCAGCUCCUAAAGGCAAAGCAGGGACCACAGACCUGGUUUUUGGAUCUUACUGUAUGGUGACUAAGGACUGGACUAUACCAUGUUGGCAACUUGAUGGCAUGGCAGUGCUUAACAUUGCAUAAACAAUGGUUUCUGUGAGUUUGUGUUUGCGCCUAUAUAUUUUUUUUAUUAUAAAAGAUUAAUAACUUCUUGCUAUACAUGCCUUGGAAUAGGUAUUCUGUGAAGAUGCUCUCAUGGUCGAUUCUAAAGCUUUCUAAACUCCUUUAGUAUAAAAUAUUGCUAUUUUAUAUAAUUAAAACCAACAGUCAUUUGUUUGCACUGUGUCUACUUUGUGCUAGUGAUAAAGUAGGCAGUCCUCCAUAAAACCUUGUUUGGCAAUAAAGCAGCUUUUUAGGAUUAUGCUGCACUCUUUAAACCGAUUUGUUUAUUCAAACUGAUAUUGUACAAUAAUUUGAGAUGCAAAAGUAUGUGUGACUGCAUAUUGACCAAGGGAAAUGCAUGUUUGUUUUCAAGACUGACCUUCUACUUUUAAAAGUACAGUAUAUGUAAAAGUAUUUUACAUAUAGUGGACCAGGGUCUUGUGACUGUAAAUGCAGUGUUUCAAAUUAUGUCAGAAUGUUUACCAUAGUUUCAAAGAAUUUAUACACUUUAGAUACUAUUGAGUUCUGUCAUCUUAGCUGUAAAGUUUGCUUUGGUUUUUGGCUGGACACAAAAGCAUAAUUUUUAUAAUGUAGAUCUACAGUUUAGAUUUUCUAUUUAUCAAAACUGACCUAAAAUAUAUGGAGUUUUAGCUGCAGUUACACGCGAUUCAGUUUAUACUGCACAUUUAAUUAUUAUUGCUUUAAUUUUAAUACUGGGAGCACAGUUAUGCCUUAUACAAACCUACUCAGAAGUUAGUUCUACUGAAUUCAGUAGGGCUUGCUCCCAAGUAAAUGUUUUUAGGAUUAGAGCCUAAGCAUAUAUAGACAGAACCUCCAGUCCUCCUGUUUUUUAACAUUUCAUUAUCACCUCUUGAGUUUUCAGAUGGUUUAAUGUACUUUUUGUGUUUUCAGUAGCUCUCUGAACAUUUCAUCUGGUCUGAAUUUGUAGGGAUAAAUGGCUAAUGCAGAUAUUAUGACAUGGUGUUAAUGAUACAAUAUUUUUGUAUUUCCUUGUAAACAAAUACAGCUCUAAUUGCAGUGAGUAGUUAUGCAUUGUCCGCAGAUCACGAGCACAAGAUUUUCCAGCAAUUAUCAUUUAUAAUACGCUACAUAUGACUUCUACUAGAACAUGGAUGUUAACACCAAGGCUCAAUUCUCAGGAGACCCUUUUUUUUUUGGCUGGGAAAUAGAUAACAAUAUUCUUUCCAGUCUUAUUCUCAGUACAGAGUUGGCUGAGGAUGAAUCUAAAGACCAAGAUUUUGAUUUUAACUAUAUUGGCAAUUAGUGCGGAAAUUACUGCAGAUCUUCACACAGACGUUGCACAGGCUUUACAAACUUUAGAAAAUACAAUAAGUCUAUAACAUCCACUUGUUCUUCUUUCUUAGCACAAUCAAUCAUGAAUGUCUCAGGAGACAUCUUAUUCAUUGCAUGUUAUUGGACAUGGCAACUGCAGAUGCAAUCGUUUUUGUGACAAUUAUUUGCAACUCUGCUGGUUUUUUGUCUGCUUGGUAUAGCAGUAGUCUUUAUAUUUGGAACUACCUCUUUUGAUUAAUAAGAAUCAAUAGCAGUCACGUAUUUUGAUCACCAGCACCUGAAUACAUCUCUAUUUAGCUGAGACAGACUCAGGUAAAGAGAAAUUGUCUUGAAAUUGUUGGCUUUUAAAGCAAAAUAUAUGAAUUAUCCUUAACCAUGAAACAAAUGUAUAUUAUUUCACUUAAUACAGAAUAUUUAAUCCAGGUGUUGUUUGUUUCCUGUGUCAACUGCAUGGUUUUCCCCAUUAGGUUCAGAAGCACUUUGUGUAACAGUUUUAUGACUUGAUGUGAUAUGUGCUUUUAAUUAUUUUUUUAAACCAUGGACUUUGAAAAAAGAGUUCAAGUUAAGACCUCUUUGUUACCAGACUAACACAUCCAGUAUAAUUAAUGACAUCUUUCUCUUCAAAAUUAAAUGUUCCAUUUUUCUCCAGCAACCAUUUAAUUAGGAUAAUACAACUGUAGGCAAUAUUCACAUUUUCUUUUAAUAAGAAUAAAUUGUAGGUGUAAGUUUAUAUUUCCAGUUUAGAAUUAUCCUUAUAUUGUCGAAGGCUUUAUAUUUCCAGUUAGAAUAACCUCUCUAAUGUGAACCAUGUCUGAUUUGAAAGCAAAUAGGCUGUAUAAAAUCGUGGGGAGGAAAAAGAAUUUGCACUAAUUUGUAAACAUGGUUUUAUUCUUUGUUCAAAAAACAUUAUUUUGUAUCCACAUUAAAAAACUUUUGACAUC